AUGUAUGAUAUUGGAGAAUUAUCCAUUGGGUCUAUAGUUGAGAACCUCAAGAAAGCGAGAGAGAUAGCACAUGGUCACCCUGGAAUUCCUGAAGAGCUAGGAUGUUACCUGCAGAAAGCUCUUGAUGCGGCAGGAGGAUUGGACCUUUACCUGACAAGAGAGGCAAGUUCUAACAGGACAACAUCAUCCAAGGAUUGCCUUUUGAAUGUCCAAUUCAGUGAAAUGAAGGUCAGGACUAAGGAAGAGCAGCUCUCAAACUAUGCAGAAGGGCAACUUCACAGAACGCUGGUGCGUAUGACAGGAGCCAAAACGAUUUUGAUAAUAGGAAGGCUAAAAGUCCCAUCCAUUUUGGCUAUGGCUGAACUGGUGCCAGAAGAUAGCAGCAUGACCAUAUGUGCCAUACAGCCCCAUUUUGGAGAAUCCAGCCAGGAGGCCUUUGAUUUCUCAGCUCAUGGCAACAAAAUGAGGGCACAAAUAGGACCAAUAAUGGACUCCUUGGAGGAGUUAGCAGCCGUGGGGAAAGAUUUUGAUAUAGUCUUUAUUGAUGCCGAUCAAAGGAACCCUGCAGAGUACUAUCGCUUUGUCAUGGAGAACCAUUUGCUGAGGAUGGAUGGGACGCUCUGCAUAGAGAACGCCCUCAUGAAAGGAGAGGCCUACCUGGAGAAUACAGCAGAUGAAAAUGUAUUAGGUGUCAAAAAACUGAAUCAAGUAAUUAAUUCAGAUCCUCACACGGAGCAGCGAACUCCUCUGUUUUGGUUACAAAAGGGCGUUGUGAAAGACGACGUGUUUUGGGGCCACCGUGGCCGCCGCAUCCUCGACCGCCUGCAGCUGGACGGCAAAGUCGCCUAUGUCACCGGAGGAGGCCAGGGGAUCGGCCGAGCCUUUUGCCAUGCGCUGGGGGAAGCAGGGGCGAAAGUAGCUGUGGCGGACCUGGUGCUUGCCAAAGCAGAGGCAGUAGCAUGUGAGCUGAGGCUCAAAGGGAUAAAAAGCAUUGCUAUAGCAGCAGACGUAAGCAGACCGGAAGAUGUGCAGAGGAUGCUUGCUACGAUCGUAGAUAAGUGGGGCACAGUCCAUAUUGCAUGUAACAAUGCAGGGAUCAACAUGAAUUCACCAAGUGAAGCUACCUCCCUGGAAGAAUGGGACAAAACUUUCAAUGUGAAUUUGCGAGGCUUGUUUUUGUGUUGCCAGGCUGCAGGCCGCAUUAUGCUGAAUCAAGGAUAUGGGAAGAUAAUUAACACAGCAUCUAUGGCAAGUUUAAUAGUUCCUCACCCACAGAAGCAAUUAGCUUACAAUGCUUCGAAAGCCGGGGUUGUAAAGUUAACUCAGACGUUGGGGACAGAGUGGAUUGAUAGAGGAGUGAGAGUGAACUGCAUUUCUCCGGGAAUUGUCGAAACACCGCUCAUCCAUUCUGAGGAGCUGAAACCUCUUGUGCAGUGCUGGCUCACGGACAUCCCAGCCGGAAGGCUGGCUCGAGUGACAGACUUGCAAGCUGCCGUCGUAUACUUGGCAUCUGAAGCUUCAGAUUAUAUGACUGGCCACAACUUAGUCAUUGAAGGAGGGCAAAGCUUAUGGUAGAAAAGGAAUGGAAACGCUCUUUCAAUGCAUACAGAGGAAUGACAGGCACACAGGAAAGACUCCCCUGAUCACAUUGCAGUUCUGCACGAGUUACGAGUUAUCAGCUUCUCUCUUGACAUUGUCCAUUAAUUCCUUCCUCCAAAAAAUAGAGCUUUUAAUUUCCAAACUGCUAUUUUAGACCCAAUCUACAGCAGCUCUUGUCUUAACAAAAGUCAGCAUGUAGAGGUUUGCUUAUUUAAAAAAAAGAAUCUGCCCUAGACUGAAUGCUAUACUAAUACACACACACACACACACACACUGAUUUUCCCUCUAUCGACACAUUCAGUUCAGUAGAGUAAACAGAUUGCCACUAUGCAAAUAAUUUUGUACUGAAAAAAAUAAAAAUAAAGUAGGAUCCUAUAUUUUAGCCAAUAGAGAAGACAUCCUGUUGCCAGCUUGAAUGUUGUGUUUGAAUCUUUGCUAAAUUACUGCUUCAAUUAAUCAAGAAAAUUUGUUGAUACUUCUACUGCAGCUGUAAUGUCAAAUAUAGGGGGGGGAUUGCACAGGGGGUGGGAAGAGAAAUGCUUGAAAUGCUAAGUUAUUCUUGCAGCAGGAUUUUGUCUUGAGAAAGUAAACUGAGGAUUGACAGCCAAUGUUUGUCGGUUUGUGUUGUAGGCCCCCCCCCCAGCUUUAAAUGGAAAUGAUUCCAGCAAUUGCUCUAAAAGGUGUUGGGAUUGCAUUCUGCAUUGCAAAAUUAAAAUCACUUUAUCUAA